CAAUGGUCUAUCCGCCAAAAGUCAAUCCAAACCUAUCGAUGGCUCGAAAAUCGCGUACGGUGUGGGCUGGAGGACGCGAAGAAUGGCCACCAGGGGACGUCACUUCGAUUUCGACAUCAAGAUAGCCCUUUUCAGCCACACCAGGCGAUGCAAAGAUGCCAUCUCUGUCAUUGCCACUGAAUGCCCCGCCCUCGUCAAUGAUCAACGCAAACGGCAUGUCAUCGCCAUAUGUGUCCUCCAGUUCCGUCGCGAUGGCUCCAGAUCCCUGAGCUCCAGACAGCUGUUCGUCGAAACCGACCGAAAGUACAAUCGUUCGCAAGGGAUGAAAACCCGUAUCGACCAGGGUUUCGAUCGUAUUCCUAUCACGUCUUGGAACCGAAUCACAAGCAGGAAAGGGAUGGCUGAUGCGUACAUAACGGCGGUGAGGCGGCUCUUGUCGUCAGAGGCCCCGCGGCCCCAAACGUAUUCACCUGCACAUCAUGAGCUCCCUCACACAAGGCCAUCUAUGUAUCAGUCUGCUGACCGUCAUAGUCCGCGCUAAACGGAAGAACUAUUCACGCACCAUCCAAUGUCUCUUCGUCGACCGGAACCACAUCUUCAUCCAAGUUUCUAUCCAAAGCAUCGCUCCGAGGGAAUCGUACUCACCUUGAUGGGCCGUGAGCAGAAUGGGGGCUAGCGAUUCAUCCGACCCUUGCCAUGUGUAGACCAGUCCGUACUGGUUCACUGUUUUCAUUUCCAAAUGAUCAUG